CUCGCGGCGCUAGUCUCUAUGGCGGCGGCCGGCGCGGACAUGGCGGUGCUGGGGCGGCUGGGGCGCGGCCGCUGAGGCCGAGCGGAGCGGAGCCGGGCCGGGGAGCGCCUCGCGCCCUCCCCCCGCCGACACUCUCCCUCCUCUCCCUUCCCGGCGCGGCAGCGGGCCAUGGCCGAGGCGAGCGAGGAGUCGCUGCACCGGCUGUCGGGGUCGGGCGCGGGGCCCGCGGUGGGCGGCCUGGUGCGGCGGAGCGCGGCCGCCGAGCCGCAUGUGUUCAAGGCGCCGGCGCCUCGGGCUUCGCUGCUCGGCCUGGACGUGCUGGCGGCGCAGAAGCGACGGGAGCGCGAGGAGGAGGCGGCCAGCGGGAAGCGGUCCCGGGUCUCCUCCUACAGGGACUGGGAAGAGGGGCGCGACGAGGCGGGCAGCCCCGAGGAGGAGGAAGAGGAGGCGGAGGCGGCGGAUCGGGACAGCCGGGGCGCUCGCCGAGACAGGCACUACCGCUCCGUGGGCGAGGAGACGCCGUCGCACCCUGGCGGGGUCAGCGCGGAGUUCUGGGCGCGCAGCCGGCAGCGGCAGCGGCAGCGCCGGGAGCACGGGGUGUUCGCCUGCUCCCGGGACGAGCGGCAGCGCCGCCACGAGCGGGACCACGAGCGCCGGCGGGACAAUGAGGAGCGGGACAGGAGUCGUCACAGCAGCAGAUCGGAGAGAGAUGGCUCGUCAGAGCGAAGCAGCAGGAGGAGUGAGCCAGAGAGUCCCAGGCACCGGCCCAAAGACGCGGCCACGCCGUCUCGCUCCAGCUGGGAGGAAGAUGACAGUGGCUACAGCAGCAGCCGCCGCUCGCAGUGGGAGUCGCCGUCGCCCGCCCCGUCGUGCCGGGACUCGGAGCGCAGCCAGCGCCCGGUGCCGCGGGACACAGACCGCAGGGACCGUGACAGGUCUGUGAGGAGCAGGUACUCGGAGAAGACGCCGUUGCCCACCCCGUCAUACAAAUACAAUGAGUGGGCUGACGACCGGAGGCACCUGGGGGCCACGCCACGGCUGUCCAGAGGCAGAGGGCGGCACACGGAAGGGGAGGAGGGCAUCGCCUUUGAGACCGAGGAGGAGCGGCAGCAGUGGGAGGAUGACCAGCGGCAAGCCGACCGGGACUGGUACAUGAUGGACGAGGGCUACGAUGAGUUUCACAACCCCCUGGCCUACUCCUCAGAGGAGUAUGUGAAGAAGCGGGAGCAGCACCUGCACAAGCAGCGGCAGAAGCGCAUCUCGGCGCAGCGGCGGCAGAUUAAUGAGGAUAAUGAGCGCUGGGAGACAAACCGCAUGCUGACCAGUGGAGUGGUCCAUCGGAUCGAAGUGGACGAAGAUUUUGAGGAGGAUAACUCUGCUAAAGUGCAUCUCUUGGUGCACAACUUGGUGCCUCCUUUCCUAGAUGGAAGAAUUGUCUUCACCAAGCAGCCAGAGCCAGUCAUCCCUGUCAAGGAUGCCACCUCGGAUUUGGCCAUCAUAGCCCGGAAGGGCAGCCAGCUGGUGCGCAAGCACAGGGAGCAGAAGGAGCGGAAGAGGGCUCAGCACAAGCACUGGGAGCUGGCAGGCACAAAACUGGGAGACAUUAUGGGCAUCAAGAAAGAGGAGGAGAAGGAUGAGAUGGUGACAGAAGAUGGCAAAGUGGACUACAAGACUGAGCAGAAGUUUGCUGAACACAUGAAAGAAAAAAGUGAAGCUAGCAGUGAGUUUGCCAAGAAGAAAUCAAUCCUGGAGCAGAGACAGUAUCUGCCCAUCUUUGCUGUGCAGCAGGAGCUGCUCUCCAUCCUCAGAGAUAACAGCAUCGUGAUCGUGGUGGGCGAGACGGGCAGCGGGAAGACGACGCAGCUGACGCAGUACCUGCACGAGGACGGCUACACCGACUACGGCAUGAUCGGCUGCACGCAGCCGCGCAGGGUGGCUGCCAUGUCCGUGGCCAAGCGCGUUAGCGAGGAGAUGGGCGUGCGGCUGGGUGAGGAGGUGGGCUACGCCAUCCGCUUCGAGGACUGCACCUCCGAGAGCACCGUCAUCAAGUACAUGACGGACGGGAUCCUGCUCCGCGAGUCGCUGCGGGAGGCUGACCUGGACAACUACAGCGCCAUCAUCAUGGACGAGGCGCACGAGCGCUCGCUCAACACAGACGUGCUGUUCGGCCUCCUGCGGGAGGUGGUGGCCCGACGCUCAGACCUGAAGCUCGUUGUCACCUCGGCCACCAUGGAUGCAGACAAGUUUGCCUCCUUCUUCGGGAAUGUUCCUAUUUUCCACAUCCCCGGGCGCACCUUCCCUGUGGAUAUUCUGUUCAGUAAGACCCCACAGGAGGACUACGUGGAGGCUGCAGUGAAACAAGCCCUGCAGGUCCAUCUGUCUGGUGCUCCCGGAGACAUCCUCGUCUUCAUGCCUGGCCAGGAGGACAUAGAGGUGACCUCAGAGCAAAUUGUAGAGCACCUCGAGGAGCUGGAGAAGGCCCCUGCUCUUGCUGUACUGCCCAUCUAUUCCCAGCUGCCGUCGGAUUUGCAGGCCAAGAUUUUCCAGAAGGCUCCGGAUGGGGUCAGGAAGUGCAUCGUUGCCACUAACAUUGCAGAGACCUCGCUGACAGUGGACGGCAUCAUGUUUGUCAUUGACUCUGGCUACUGCAAGCUGAAGGUGUUCAACCCCCGCAUAGGCAUGGACGCGCUGCAGAUCUACCCCAUCAGUCAGGCCAAUGCCAACCAGAGGGCAGGCCGAGCCGGCCGGACGGGCCCAGGACACUGCUUUAGGCUCUACACUCAGAGUGCCUAUAAGAACGAGCUGCUGACCACCACGGUGCCCGAGAUCCAGCGCACCAACCUCGCCAAUGUCGUGCUUUUGCUCAAGUCCCUGGGUGUGCAGGACCUGCUGCAAUUCCACUUCAUGGACCCGCCGCCCGAGGACAACAUGCUCAACUCCAUGUACCAGCUGUGGAUCCUGGGGGCCCUGGAUAACACAGGUGGUUUGACCUCAACAGGACGUCUCAUGGUGGAGUUCCCCCUGGAUCCUGCACUCUCCAAAAUGCUCAUUGUCUCCUGUGACAUGGGUUGCAGCUCUGAGAUCCUGCUCAUUGUCUCCAUGUUGUCUGUGCCUGCCAUCUUUUACCGGCCUAAGGGCCGGGAGGAGGAGAGCGACCAAGUGCGGGAGAAGUUUGCUGUGCCAGAGAGCGAUCACCUGACUUACCUGAACGUUUACCUGCAGUGGAAGAACAACAGCUACUCCACACUCUGGUGCAACCAGCACUUCAUCCACGCCAAGGCCAUGCGCAAGGUGCGGGAGGUGCGUGCGCAGCUCAAGGACAUCAUGGUGCAGCAGAGGAUGAGCCUGGCGUCCUGUGGCACAGACUGGGAUGUCGUCAGGAAGUGCAUCUGUGCUGCCUACUUCCAUCAAGCUGCAAAGCUGAAGGGCAUCGGGGAGUACGUGAACAUCCGCACGGGCAUGCCCUGCCACCUGCACCCCACCAGCUCCCUCUUUGGCAUGGGCUACACACCGGACUACAUCGUGUAUCAUGAGCUGGUCAUGACCACCAAGGAAUACAUGCAGUGUGUCACUGCUGUGGAUGGAGAGUGGUUGGCAGAACUGGGCCCCAUGUUCUACAGUAUCAAGCACGCUGGCAAGUCACGUCAGGAGAACCGGCGCCGUGCCAAGGAGGAAGUGUCUGCCAUGGAGCAGGAGAUGGCGCUGGCCGAGGAGCAGCUGCGUGCGCGCCGCGAGGAGCAGCAGCGCCGGAACCCACUGGGCAGCACCAGAUCUACUAAAAUCUACACCCCUGGGCGGAAGGAGCAGGGGGAGCCCCUGACACCGCGACGCACCCCAGCCCGCUUUGGUCUCUAAGAAAGCAGUGCCUGUUGCUUUGGGGCUUAAAGAUUUCCAGGAGCAGAUGAGUCUUGGGAGAGUGCUCAGCUCUUCUGAUCUCUGCACUGAGGUAUUUCACAGCUUGGGGCCCAGGAAGGCUGAGGUGCUUUGCACCAAUUUUGCUACAGAACAGAAAGAAUUCUAUUUGUGUAAA